GCACAUAGCAGGGGAAUGUUCGACCGGCGGAGCACUUGACCGUCGAGAGCGCUCGAUGCAGCCGAGGGUCGGAAUGCUGCCAUUCUUCUGUCUUACUGCGCGCGUAACGUCUCGACAGGUCCGGCUCGAAACUGUCGAGCAGGCCGGCAUGCGAAUGAUGGGAGGAGGGGACGUUGCGAUUUGGAUCAGGCGCGAAGCAUGGUCUCGCCUCCAACGUUGGUCUGUGGCCACUGCACUGCACGCGGCGUACAAAGGCUCUCAUCUCUCAUCAAGGUACCGUACGGUGUGGAUGGAUGCCGAGGCCCCGGACGAUCGUGGCCACUGACUCUUGCCGAGACGGGCAUACCUCACCACCUUUUGCACAAUGUUGGUGUAAAAUCGGCAGCCUUCUAUUCCUCGACGACACUUCUGUAAUAAGGCAUAAAUCGGAACUUCCGAGUUGCCCAAUCGCCGAAUUUGGACCGAAAGCAGCUCGUUAUCUUGAAUGAGAGGGACUCGUGGACGUGUUUUUCGGUGAUGUCACUCCUUCGGGCGCAUCGCUUGUCAACGCUCGUCCAUCCUCCCCCAAGUUGAGGAUUAAGACAAGGAAUUGGUGACAUCGCUAUCAUUGUGACGUGGUUGACCUCUACCACAGCAGCAGUCAGUUGUUUGUACUCUCCCUUCGCACUACCAGUCAUGAGACAUUGAGCCGAGUUCGUUUGUGGGAUAUCCGGG